AUAAAAUUCUGCAUUGGCAUUCUGCAAACUUCCAUAAAUUCCCAAUCAACGUUGUUAUCACAAUUUUCGCGCCGAACAUAAUAAAUAAAAUAUUUUUUUUAAAAGUAUAAUAUUAAACACAAAUUUAGAAAUAAUGUUUGAGGUUGAACAAAUUCGCGCCGACCAUAAAGAUGUAAUACACGAUAUAGCCUACGAUUACUAUGGAAUCCGUAUGGCAACUUGUUCCAGUGAUCAAACUGUAAAGGUUUGGGAUCAGGAUAACCAAGGAAAAUGGACUGUAACGGCUAGUUGGAAAGCUCAUUCUGGUUCGAUUUGGCGCAUUUCAUGGGCUCAUCCAGAAUUUGGACAGGUUCUGGCAACAUGUUCAUUUGAUCGGACAGCUUCAGUAUGGGAAGAAGUUGUUGGCGAUAAAGUAACAGCUACAAUGACCCCUGUUAAACGUUGGGUCCGACGAACUACACUUGUGGACUCGAGGACAAGUGUGACUGAUGUUAAAUUUGCUCCCAAGAUUCUCGGCCUCCUUUUGGCAACUGCUUCGGCAGAUGGGAUAAUUCGUAUUUAUGAAGCUCCUGACAUCAUGAAUCUGUCGCAAUGGCCAGUGCAACACGAAAUAUCAUGUAAACUGCCUCUUAGCUGUUUAUCCUGGAAUAAGUCAAUGUAUAUGCUGCCCUCUCAGUUGAUUGCUGCUGGAAGCGAUGACGUUAGCUCUUCAGCGGGAAAAGUUUUCAUAUUUGAAUACAGUGAAAAUGCUAGAAAAUGUGCUAAGAUUGAAACCAUUAACACAAUAACAGAUCCAGUACAUGAUAUGGCUUUUGCACCAAAUGUUGGAAGAAGUUACCACGUCUUAGCUGUUGCAAGCAAAUAUUUAUAUAUUUUGAAUUUAAAAUCUAUAUCAGAUCCAACAGGAUCGGCACGUUUAGACAUUCAAACUGUGGCGCAGUUUAGUGACCACAACUGUCCAGUUUGGAGAGUUUGCUGGAAUAUAACUGGAACUAUGUUGGCAUCGUCUGGUGACGAUGGAUGUGUUCGCAUUUGGAGAAUGAACUAUGCAAGAAACUGGAAGUGUGCUGCAGUACUUAAAGCUGAGGGUUGUACACCAUCGAUUGAUACAUUCCUUCAAACGGCUACAUCAUCCAAUACAACGACACCUGCGACAACAAAAUAUUAUAAACGUGGAAUAAUAAGUAAUCCAAAUCAAGUUCCAUGGCAUUGAUAAAACGGUUGCAGUCCUGUUUCGAAUAGUUUCUUUUGUUUAAGUGAUUUUAAUAAAAAAAAAACCUAACAGCUUUGAAAUGUAUAA